AUGUCUCUCGCCAUGGAAGAGGAAGAAUACGCCAAGCUGGUGAUGGAGUCGGAGCCCGAGUGCCUGCGCGCCGAGAUCAAGCGGCUCUUCCAGGAGCUGGGCGAAACCACCCGGGAGAAGAUCCAGGCUGCCGAGUAUGGGCUGGUCGUCUUGGAGGAGAAGCAGCAGCUCAAGCAGCAAUACGAGGAGCUGGAGCUGGAGUACGAAACCAUCCGCACCGAGAUGGAGCAGCUGAAGGAGGCUUUUGGUCAGGCUCAUACCAACCACAAGAAAGUAGCAGCAGAUGGAGAGAGCAGAGAGGAGACUUUGAUACAGGAAUCUGCCACAAAAGAAGAAUACUACAUGAAAAAGGUUAUGGAACUGCAGACGGAACUCAAGCAGCUGAAGAAUGUCCUUGCCAACACCCAGUCUGAAAACGAACGCCUAAAUUCAGUUGCCCAGGAACUGAGAGAGAUAAAUCAAAAUGUUGAGAUCCAGAGAGGUCGCUUACGAGAUGACAUCAAAGAGUAUAAAUUCCGGGAAUCUCGCUUGCUGCAAGAUUACACUGAACUCGAGGAAGAAAACAUCUGCCUUCAGAAACAAGUGUCUAUUCUGAAACAGAAUCAAGUGGAAUUUGAAGGGCUGAAACAUGAAAUCAAAAGACUAGAAGAGGUUACAGAAUUCCUGAACAGUCAGUUAGAAGAUGCCAUAAGAUUGAAAGAGAUAUCUGAACGCCAGCUUGAAGAAGCCUUAGAGACCCUGAAGACCGAACGUGAACAGAAGAAUAAUCUUCGGAAAGAAUUAUCUCAUUAUAUGAAUAUCAAUGACUCCAUGUAUACCAGCCAUUUGAACAUCUCUUUGGAUGGACUGAAGUUUAGCGAUGAAACCACUGAGCCCAACAAUGAUGAGAUUGUGAAUGGCUUUGAACCAAAUUGCCUGAGUAAAAUCAACAAUGGCAAUAAUAAAGCAUCAACACCCAAAAAGACCGACAGCUUCCCUCCAGCCCCUAGUUUGGUGAAUGAUCUUCUGAGUGAGCUAAAUAUAUCUGAAAUCCAAAAAUUGAAACAACAACUAAUGCAAAUGGAGAGGGAGAAAAUGAAUCUGUUGUCUACGCUCCAAGAAUCACAAAAGCAACUGGAGAACACCCGGGGUGCACUUUCUGAGCAGCAUGAAAAAGUUGGCAGGCUCACCGAGAACCUCAAUGCCAUGAAAAAACUCCAGGUCAGCAAGGAACGUCAGUCUGCUCUUGACAAUGAGAAAGAACGAGAUAGCCAUGAAGAUGGAGAUUAUUAUGAGGUUGAUAUCAAUGGCCCAGAGAUCCUGGAAUGCAAGUAUAAAGUAGCUAUGGCAGAAAUCAGUGACUUGAAAGAGGAACUUAAAGCUCUCAAGACUAAAUAUGAGGAAUGUGAAUCUAAAUAUGAAGAGGAUAAAAGCAGGUAUGAGACAGAAAGUCAAGCCCUGACGGAAAAGAUCAGUUCUUUGGACAAAUCUAGUAGGCAAGAUAGAGAGCAGGUCAUCAGAUUGGAGAAGGAACUCAGGAAAGUCACUGAUGUUGCUGGGGAAACCCAGGGCAGCCUUAGUGUAGCUCAAGAUGAACUGGUCACCUUCAGUGAGGAAUUAGCCAACUUGUAUCACCAUGUAUGUAUGUGCAACAAUGAAACCCCCAACAGAGUGAUGUUAGAUUACUACAAACAGGGCAAAGGAGGACAUACCAGUCCAGAGGUCAAAGGCCACAGAUCACCAAUCCUGCUCUCUAAAGGUUUAUUGUUGGUAGACUUAGGAAAAGCAGAAACCGGGAGUGGUGAAAGCAGUCCUUCACCAGUUUCAUCCCUCCCUUCACCAGUAUCUGAAGUAUCCCGGAAGGAACCUAUGAAUGUUUACAACCUGAUUGCCAUAAUCCGUGAUCAGAUCAAGCAUUUGCAAGCAGCAGUAGAUAGAACAACUGAGCUGUCACGGCAGCGGGUGACUACCCAGGAACUUGGGCCAGUAGUGGACAAAGAUAAAGAGGCACUUAUGGAAGAAAUUCUGAAGCUGAAGUCUUUGCUAAGCACCAAGAGAGAACAGAUUGCAACACUGAGGACAGUACUAAAGGCCAACAAACAGACAGCAGAAGUUGCCCUUGCAAACUUGAAAAGCAAAUAUGAAAAUGAAAAGGCAAUGGUUACAGAAACAAUGAUGAAGCUGCGCAAUGAACUAAAAGCUUUAAAAGAAGACGCUGCUACUUUCUCUUCUCUGAGGGCCAUGUUUGCUACUAGGUGUGAUGAAUAUGUCACUCAGCUGGAUGAAAUGCAACGCCAGCUUGCUGCAGCUGAAGAUGAAAAGAAGACCCUCAACUCCCUGCUUCGCAUGGCAAUUCAGCAAAAGCUGGCUCUGACCCAGCGCCUUGAACAUCUUGAGUUGGACCAUGAGCAGUCCAAAAGGGUGCGCGCAAAAUCUGCAUCCAAAGCCAAGAGUAGUAACCCCAGUGUAAGUCACAUUCGAUCAUGUGGAGACAAGUCGGAAGGCUCUGUGCUUAAUAACCAAGUUUUUUGCAGUGAUAAGUAUAAGAUCUGUUGUGAUUAAAGAAGAAAUUAGGAAGCCGUAAACACACGUCUGAUGUUUGUGCAUUUGAAUGUCAGCAUUAAUCCCCACUAUAUUAAUAUUGCAAUGAUGAGUGGAUUUAUAUUAGUAUGUUGUUAAACCAUGUAAUACAAGGUGUAUUAUAGUGGUCUUAACUUGUAACUGAAUCACAAGCAUGGUUGGGGAAAAGGCUGUGAAGAAGUUAAUGGUGGAAGAGGAUUUGCUGUUUCUACAGUGAAUGGCUUUGGUUUUGUGGAUUAUGGGUAAGUGCUAAAGGAGCAUAUCAGGUACAGUCUAUAUGCUGUUACUAACUGUAGCUUGUCUAGCACAAAUGGGAUGCUUUCCCCAGAGUUGUAAGUUUGUUUCCAGGGAUGGAGACAGCAAAACUGUCUCCUUGGUUAGUAGUUUUGAGAAGUGAGGGUAUCCAGCUUCUAAAAUCAGAAGUACAAUGAAAAGAUGAUUAAAUCUGCUGCAGCGCUUAAUUGCUGUCAUUAUCAUUAUCUAAAAAUCAAAAAUCUUUUCUCUAAAUUUUAAAUAUGAAUGCAAAUUAUGGGAAAGAAGGUAACCUUCUCAAGCCCUUUAUUUUCUAGCCCUGCUUGGCUUCUUGGGCUUAAGCUAUUAAAAAAUUGCACAUUAAAAAAAAAUAUGCAAUGUAAUAUUGCCUGUUUGGGAGGAGAAUUUAAUGGUUAAGGAAAGCAAAACUAGAAUACUACAUCAGAGCAGGUGUGAUGUAGGAAGAGUAUACUAUACUACAAUGAUAAAAUAUUAUAGUUUCUGGCAAUUAAUAUGCCAGAAGGAAGGGUGAAUUACACAUUGGACAUUAUCUAGUAUUAAGCUUAUUUAACUUCCCUUGAUUUUAGUGGGACAAUUGUAUAAUUGUUUUCUGCUACAAUCAAAGAGAUUACAUAUGCUUAGAGGAUGUCCAUUAUUACUAUCUAUGUGUAUAGAAUUAAUAGUAUGUUCUGGUAUUGUCAAAUUGCAAUGCAGUUUCUCCUUAACUGUCAGUAUUAGAGCUUUAUAGGAUAGUAUUAAUGAGCUCUAAGUUUUGUUUAAAUAAAACAAAAUUGUAUUUCUUAUGCAACCACACACUUCACAGGGCUCUACAUUCUAGGCACUGGAAACUAAAUGAUUAGUUUAUUCUUGGUUAUGCCCAAUUGUGAGGUAGAUUAGCAGAAAUGUAUUCAUUGAUUAAAAAUACUUCGUCAAACUUUUAAGGGGCCUUUUCAGCCACUUAAUUUCAAUACACUAGAUUUUUUAAAAAAGUGUACUUCAUAAUUGGUGCCUAAAGAAGGGGGGAAGAGGAGAAAAUUAUGUUUUGUUUUGUUUUUAAAAUUGUGGUAAAUCCAAGGAGCACAAAAAGGUACACUUAAAAACAAAAUAAUUCAGAAGUGCCUAGCCUCAAACAUUAUUUUAAUGUAAAGCCCUGUUCAUACGGUACUCUUUUCAAAUAACUUUGUAUGCUUAGAAUAUUACAAAGAAGUAAUGCAGGACUGUGCAGCUAUGUCUGCUAAUGUAGAAAUAUCUCUUUCCUUCCUUCCUCUUCCCCCUUCAAGCCAUGCUAAUAAUAAUCUUGGUGUUGUAUUGCCUCGUCUCACAUUACUAUCUCUUUUUAGAUGAUCUGCAGCUUCCUUCCUAUGUAGCGCUGCUCUGCCUAUGAAGUAGUUAGGAGAUAUAGCAAAGUUACUGUAAAAUAAUAAAGAGAGGGCUUUCCUAGUAAAAGGACACCAAGAAUUGCUUACAUCUUUCUUGAAAUUGGAAAGAAAACUGAACAUAUUUGCAACAUGGGUUGUAAAGAAAUUUUACAAUAAUAAAGAACGUAGAAAUUAGGAGGUGAAAUUAGUUCUGUUGAAUUCAAACUAAUUGUGAAUUAUUGACCGAUUGGCAAACAUAUGAACAGUGUAAAAUGGUAGGUCCUACAUGCCUCACUUUAUUAUUGCUUUUGCAGGAAACAUUCUAUUCUCCUGAAUUUGAGCUUUAAUGUAGCUAUUUGCCAGGUUUUGAUAUUUUUAGAACGCCUUUUAACAGUGGUGCACCCUGCUUUUCUCCUUCAAUGCUCAAUAAUCCAGAAGGCCUUUUUAAGCUCUGUUUCCCUUCUUGCAAAACCCCUGCCUUGAUAAUAAAUAUUGAGCUAUUUUGCUCUGUUAGAAGCAGCAAUGUUUUGCUUCCAGGUUAAGAGGGAUCUAUGAAAUACAGUUUUCAAGCGUCUCCAUUUCUUGGGUUUAGGAUGAGGAAAUUUUAAGAAAUUGAUUGCAUCAGUAAAAAAAUUCAAGUAAAUUGACAUUAAAUUGGAAGAUUUAAGGAUUCUGGAAUUGCAACUGUGCAUUGGGUUGCAUUGUUUAAUUUAUAUUUAUAAUUUUCAAUAGGCUUGCUAAUUGUUUACAUCGUUGUUAAUCUUCAUUCUUCUUAGCCUUGAACCAUUCUAUGUCUUCAGAAUUCACAGUAAUUGCUUAGAGCAGUGCUUCCCAAGCUUCAUUACCCAAAAGGGUUUAUCAGAAAGUCCUCUGGAUCUGGACCCAAUGUAGGUAAUACAGUUUAAUUUGAAUGUCCCUGUUGGGAUUGGGUAAUGAGUUUGUAUGUCAUUACUGGAAGAAAAAAUAUUUUUACCUAACUUUGGGUAAUUUAUCCAAGUUUGGGAAGCGCUGCUUAGAGAAUGUCAGCCCAGCUGCAUCCUUAUGUUUGUUUAGUCGUACAUUCAAUUUUUAGAAACAGACUUGGGGAAAAACAGCUAUGAUUUGCUGUUAUGUCUAAGCUUUGAGAGGGGCUUGUACUUACUUAGUUUAAAUUUUUCAAAAUUAACUUGAUGCAUCCAAUGUUUCCUUUUGCUUUUAUUGGGUUGGAAUACAACGUGGAAAACUUACUAAGCCAUCACCUACCUCUGCAAGUGGGACUUCUCUUCUGAGUGAUUUUACUGCUCACUGUAUUGGCUGGCAUGAUAUACUGACUCACCUGCAUGCUUGUGAAGAGGCAGCAGCUUCACUGAUCAAUUCCCUUGUGAAUUUGCCAUUGUUUAUUUACGCUUGAGCAACUU